CGUAAUCCUCAGCGUGCUCCAUUCGGACAGCGUCUUCCCACCUCGGCGGGGCAUCGAGCCUGGGGACCACUCAGGAUCCCACUCUUCUGACAAGCCUGAUGAAGUCCUCCGAUAUCGAUCAGGAUUUGUUUACAGACAGUUACUGCAAGGUGUGCAGCGCACAACUGAUAUCAGAAUCCCAGCGUGUGGCCCACUACGAGAGUCGAAAACAUGCAAGCAAGGUCCGACUGUAUUACAUGCUUCACCCCAGGGACGGGGGGUGUCCCGCCAAGAGACUGCGGGCAGAAAACGGAAGUGAUGCUGACAUGGUGGAUAAGAACAAGUGCUGCACGCUCUGUAACAUGUCUUUUACCUCAGCGGUGGUGGCUGACUCGCAUUACCAAGGCAAAAUCCACGCCAAAAGGUUAAAACUGUUGCUAGGAGAGAAAACGCCAUUGAAGACCACAGCCACACCCCUGAGCUCACUUAAGCCUGCACGAGUGGAUGCUGCACCAGUGGUCGAAUCUCCUUAUCAAAGAAGAGACUCUGACAGGUACUGUGGUCUCUGCGCAGCCUGGUUCAAUAACCCGCUGAUGGCCCAGCAGCAUUAUGACGGCAAGAAACACAAAAAGAAUGCAGCUCGAGUUGCUUUGCUAGAACAACUGGGGACAACCUUGGAUAUGGGGGAACUGAGAGGACUACGGCGCACGUACAGAUGCACCAUCUGCAGCGUCUCCCUCAACUCCAUAGAACAGUACCACGCCCACCUGAAAGGGUCCAAGCACCAGACCAACCUGAAGAAUAAGUAGUGAAGAUAUCAAGGGAGAUUAAGAAAAGAUGCCAGCAUUUCUCUACUGUGGAGACUGCUUA